CACUUUUUGAGUUAUGCCAUCACAAUUAACAUCUCUAAUUUUGAUGCAAUUUGCUUAAUAUAAACAAAUGCCGGCUUUUCUUAAUUUUAACUGCAGCAAAACAAUAGACUGUAAACAAGGAGCUGUACGUGCAGUGCGUUAUAAUGUGGAUGGCAGCUACUGCAUGAGCUGCGGCUCGGACAAGAAAAUAAAACUAUGGAAUCCUGUUUCGGGGUUGCUAUUGAAGACCUAUGGAGGUCAUGCGGACGAGGUGACCGAUGUGGCGGGAAGCUGCGAUAGCAGCUACAUUGUCUCCGCCAGCUUGGACAAGAGCAUUAUCUACUGGGAUGUGGCAACAGGCGCUCCUGUACGACGACUACGGAGUCAUGCUGGUGGCGUACGCUGUGUCUGUUUCAACGAGGACUCCUCGAUUGCCAUAUCGGGUGGUCGUGACAAUGCCAUCAUGUGCUGGGAUAUACGCACCCGCCGCUUAGAUCCUGUCCAGGUGAUGAAGGAGGCCAAGGAUUGUAUAACAGCUGUGCUUACCAAUGACCACAAAAUCUUUGCUUCCUCAUUGGAUGGCUGUGUGCGUCAUUAUGACAUACGGAUAGGUGAGCUCACCUGUGACGAGGUGGGCCAACCUAUUACCUAUCUAGCGCAAACGAGGGAUGAGCAGUGCCUGCUAGCUGGUUGCCAGGAUAACGCGUUGCGUCUGCUCGACUGCGAAUCGGGUGGGCUGUUAUCUGAAUAUAAAGGUCAUAAGUCAGCGGACUUUCACAUCGAGUGCGGCAUCUUGGCCAAUGAUGCGCACCUGGUCUCUGGCUCCAGUGAGGGGGAUGCCUACGUCUGGGAUCUACUCGAGGCGAAGGUCUUGCAGCGUAUUCGAAUUAGCGACAAUGGAGGCGUGGUGCAUUCCCUGGCCACUCAUCCCAAGCGACAGGAGAUGCUCUUCGCUCGACGCAGGGAUAUGUAUGUCUUUUCCACUGAUCUGCAAAUCGAAGAAGAGCAACUGUAGAAGAGGAAUUCCUAACUAUCUUUUACAUUUAGUUUUAGUUUAUAUGAAAAUAAGGCUAGUGAUAUUCCAGUUCAGAUUAUAUAUAAGUAGGAAGGAUGCAUUUUAAGGAGAUAUAUGUUUAUAUAAUUUGUUAUUUGAGAUUUGUGGCAAAUUUGGAAACAGUGCAUAUUCGGAGAGUUCGAUAUGAUUUAUAGCUGUAACUUUGUAAAGGCUUAAAGUCUACAUUGUCGAAUUCCAAUUGAUGUAUACCAUGAAUAUAUCCAAUAUCUUCCCAAUUCUUAAAAUCCCAUAAUUAAAAUUGCAAAUU